AUGGUUGUCACCAAGGAGAGGUCUCAACUCGUUGUUACUUUGGGCCGGCAAGAUAUUGCUGAUCUCAAGCAAGAACGCUGUUCAGCUGCUCAUUAUGGAUGGGAUGGAGAUAUCGUUAUUGGAAGCAAGAUUGCUGUUGAUGAGAAGCAUUGCAAGUGUUGGCUCUCACUCGGCGUUCCUACCAUUAUCACACAGCACGUCAAGGAUGUCAUUGCACUGUACUGUCUAGGAGGGAGACGACCAUGUUGUGUUAGCGAAAUGCUUUCAUCGGCGGACAUUUGGGGCAAGGCGGCAUUAUUGGAAUGGUUGCAUGAAAACCCAGAAAGGAGCACCGCGUUCACGAGUUGCCUGCCUUUCUUCACUCCAGUGGCGGCGUGGGACAGACUACUUGGCCGGCUCCUAUAUCAAGAAGAGAUUAAAUGGCGGAGGCCUCAAGCUGACCUCGUGCAAUUGUUUGAUGAGGGAAGCAGCACCAUGGCGAAGGUGAAGAAAGCUGCCAAGGGAGUGGUAUUUGAGCUUGCGAAUGACCGGGCUUUGGUCAUGGAAGGCCCCGAAGAGAAGGUUGACCAUUUGGUCUCCUUCUUACAACAAUUGAUUGUCAAAGAAGGGCAUCCAGAAAGCAACUACAUCAUUGUCAAAGUUGUGGGAUCGACUGCGGAACCCAAACUUGACCAUCUCCAGCAACACAUCGGCAACGCUGGCAAGACUGUGCCAGUGCCAUGGUUGCAUUUCUCGGUGGCACACACAAUAGGUGCUUGGCCUGCUGAGCAGGCAAGUAUCCUUGCUGAAGAAUUGGACCAGCAGUUACGGCAAUCACCACCAUCACCAACAACCAAGGACACCUUCGUGUGCGACAAGGUCGCAUUUUUUGACCCAAAAUUCCCACAAGUUCUUGGUGUGGCCCCGUCGGUUGCAAACAGGCCCAUCAACAACCUUUUCGGGAUGCUUCAAGGUCCGAUGCCCGGUGAAAAUGGCCUUAAGAUGGAGACUACGCAAGGGAAAUACCAGGACGUGGAUAAAGUGCAAGCCAACAACCAAGCACUCACAUCAGCCAUCAAAAAGUUACCCGCAUCUCAUGACUUCCUAGGACCUAUGAAAGUGGAGAGCAUCGUCGUGAGUCGCAGGGUGAAGAGUCUUGAGAAAAGGAUCUACAGCAGAUUGCCGACAUACAAAACAUCUUCAUAUGAAUCAUUGUUCAGAUACACAACGGCACUAUGUAUGGUCCUUCCGUAA